GUUUGACCUCGAGCAACAAGUUUAGGUUGAAAAAGGAAGACCAAGUUCUUUGCAUAUCAAGAAAUGGUCGAUAACAUUGGUGCUAGUGCUUCCAGUGAAGAUGGUGGGAUCAAGGAACAAGACCGUUUGUUGCCGAUUGCCAACGUUGGUCGGAUCAUGAAGCAAAUUUUACCUCCUAAUGCAAAAAUCUCCAAGGAAGCUAAAGAAACGAUGCAAGAAUGUGUUUCAGAGUUCAUUAGCUUUGUCACCAGUGAAGCGUCGGAGAAGUGUCGAAAGGAAAGGCGAAAGACUGUGAAUGGAGACGAUGUUUGCUGGGCUAUGGCAGCCCUAGGUUUCGAUGAUUAUGCAGGGCCUCUAAGAACAUAUCUGCAAAGAUAUAGGGAGCUAGAAGGAGAUAGAGCUAAUCAAGAGAAGGCAAGCAAUAGCAAUAAUACUGAGGAAAAAGAGGAACAAUCAUCCUCGUAUAGAAACAACCAGCUCCAUUGAACUUUGAUGAGAAGAGGAAUUAGCUUCAGUUCAAGGCCAUUUAUGGGUUUAUUUUACUUUUUUUUUUUUUUGUUUCAUUUGUGUGUUCUAUUGUAUGAUGAGAUUUAUCAAUUAAUCCCUCAACUAUGCAAUUUGAUAAGCUUGUUCGAGAGGAUAUAUAUGCAACCACCAAAAGGAUCAAUAUGUCUUAGCUUUGUAUGUGGAAAAAUAUUGGUUUCAGUAUCAGAGAGCAGCUGCAGAAUGGGAAAUUUGGUAAAAUCUUUACAAUACUUGAUUUGAUGAUGGGGUAAUUUCAAUCUGUCAGAGCAGCCUGCAAGAGCAGAGAACCAAACAAGGUCAGUUAAUUAACCUCCUUUACUUUCUUCUUCUAAGAGAUGUAUGCAAAAUCUUCAAAAUUUCUUGCAUUUUGUUCUUUUUAUUUAAC